CCAGUUUGGGUAUAAAUAUGCGUCUGAGUGCAGCUGGGAGCACUGACGAUCAUGGCUCGAUUGGUGUUGUGUGUGGUGGCCCUUUUGGUGGCUGGUGGGUUCGCGGACCCUACCAAGAAGGCCUUACCGCAAAAAAUUGCGGAUCCGGUCUUUCUUCAAAAACAACUGCAGCUCUCGGAACUGUUCUAUCAUAUUCACGAGCCUGUGUUCAUUCCGGAUCAGCUGAAAAUUGUUGAAAGCUGGGACAUUGAAAAGAGUAUUGAACAUUACACCAAUGUCACAGCUGUCAAGAUCUUCGGAGAGCUGUGGGAGAACGGUCUCCUGCCCCGCGCCGUGCCGUUCACUAUCCUGAACCCCGACCACAGAUUCGAGGCCGUGACCUUGUUCAACGUGUUGUACUCUGCUAAAGAUUACGACACGUUCUACAAGACCGCCGUGUUCUUCAGGCAACACAUCAACGAAGGCGUCUUUGUCUACGUUCUCUCCGCUGCUAUCCUCCACCGCCAUGAUACUCAGGGACUCAUUGUUCCUCCCAUCUACGAGAUAUUCCCUUCAUUCUUCCACAAUGGUGAAAUUAUGACCACUGCUCAGAGGUUGAACACUCAUGGCAUUUCGAAUAUCGAACACUUUCCAUCUACUUUCGUAUGGAACGACAACAUUGUCAUUAGGUGGAAUGAAACCGUAUGGCCGUACGUUUAUGAAGACUCGCUUGCUUACUUCACCAAUGACCAUGAACUUAACACUUAUUACUACAACAUGCACUUGACUUAUCCCUUCUGGCUGGGAGGCGAAACUUGCCCUCUGGUUAAGGACAGACGUGGCGAAUGGUUCUGGUUUGUGCACAAACAAAUUGUGGCUCGUUACUACUUGGAAAGAUUGUCUAAUGGACAAACCGAGAUUCCUGAACUCGGCACUGAUGUAGUACAGCACGGAUACUGGUCUGGUCUUCUCCACCACAACGGAAUCCCCUACCCGGUCAGGCCUAACCACUACCACCUUCUGCAACCCCAUCUCGUUGAUGAACUUACCGAGAUCGAUGACUACGAACGUCGCAUUCGUGAUGCUAUUGACCGUGGAUACGUUGAAACUGUUCAUGGAGAACGCAUUGACAUUCGCACGCCGGAGGCCAUCGAUGUUCUUGGAAACAUCAUUGAAGCCAACGUUGACUCUCCCAACACUCAGCUCUACAAAGACUUUGUCACCCUGUGGAAGGUCGUUCUUGGAAACUCUGUUGUUCAUGACCAUGUUGAGUGGUAUCAACACCAUGUUCCUCUAGUCCUACCUUCGGUCUUGGAACAAUACCAGACUUCCCUACGCGACCCUGCUUUCUACAUGAUCUGGAAGCGCGUCCUCAACCUAUUCACUUACUGGCAGAGGCAGCUGCCUCUCUACAAACCUGAGGAAUUAGCUCUUCCUUCUGUCAAGAUCCAGAAGGUUGAGGUUGACAAGCUGGUCACGUACUUCGAGCACUCUUACGUCAAUGUCACCAAUCACCUCCAUCUGACCAAGCAUGAGCGUACCGGUGUGGUCGAUGAAGUCAGUGUACUUGUCCAGCGUCCGCAGUUGAACCACAAAGUCUAUCAAGUUCGCGUCAAUGUAAAGAGUGAGGCAGCCAAGACAGUCGUAGUCAGAUUGUUCCUUGCUCCCAAAUACGACAGCCGUGGCUACGAGAUUCCUCUGCACCAGAACACAGAGAACUUCGUCCUUCUCGACCAAUGGACUCACGACUUGCCCGUUGGAGACUCUGUGAUCAAACGCGACUCUAAUGAGAACGUGUACAUGGUUGAGCAUUGGCCGUCUCACGUCACGGUUUACGAAGAGGCUGAGAACGCUGUACACGGAAAGGGACAGUUCGUUCUUGACCAGACUCACAGGUUCAACGGCUUCCCGCAGCGCCUCGCUCUUCCCAGAGGUCGCGUCGGCGGUAUGCCGUUCGUGCUGGUGGUCUACAUCUCCGAGUACCGUGCGCCCAAGGUUCCCUACGGCACUGGUUUCGACCCCGCCCUGUCUCUUGGCGUAGGCAGCGGAGCUGUCCGCAUGACCGACGACCCUCUGGGUUACCCCUUCAACAGGCCUGUUCAUUACUGGCAGGUUAGGGACCUCCACAACUUCUGGAUUCAGGAUGUCACCAUCUACCACAAACCAACACCCGAGAUUGAUGUCCCCUACACAGAAUAAGCCAGUUUUAAGGACCUGAAGAUAUGAAUCUCCGUUAUUUAUUUAUUUAAACAUUAUUUAGUGCUAGAACAUUGCCACCGCAAACCCUGUUUUUAUUAAUGUAUUUAAGUAUAAUGUGUAAUUUAUUCUUUUUGUAAUGUUAUAGUGUAUAUAAUACCAUGUAUAUUUAACAGUUAAUGUGUAGUUCCGUUGAUGGUGUAGAAUAUUUAUAUGUGAAAUAGUGUUAUGUAUACCUGCCAGUUAUCCUUAGUUAUGUUAUGCAUGAGUAGUAUUUUAUACUUACUUCAAACCACCUAAUAUUAUAUGACAAUAAAACAUAAACCUAGCAAAACUUGAAUUAUUAA